AUGGCGACGUGGGGACUUCUUUCGCGUCUACGCCUGUCUCCCUGCACGCUUUCUAGACGCUCGCACACACAGAUCGCUUCGUCCGCUUCAUCCGAAGAGAGACCACCUUGGACUCCAGCCGGCAAACCCUCCCCAUCACCAGACCGUUCCAUCUUCUGCGCACCGCCUAUCCCCCGUGAAACUCGUAUUCCAAACACCACCGUUGUGCGUGAUCGACGAACGGCCGCCCGCGCUGUCGAAGCCCUACUCAGCUUGCCACAUGAUGCACUCGUGGCCUGGGAUACCGAGACCACAGGCGUCAAUCCGGCGAAGGAGUCACCCGUCGGCAAGGGGAACGUCAUUUGCGCAACGGCUUACGCCGGACACAAUGUCGAUUUCGGUACGGGUCCGAGAUUGUAUGUAGACUGUCUGGAUGGAGAAACAGGGCGCGGGAUGCUUGAGGUGUUCAAGGGCUACUUUGAAAAUGAGCGCUGCAAAAAGGUUUGGCACAAUUACGCUUACGACAGGCACAUCCUUGCGAAUCAUGGCAUCGUAACAAGGGGAUUUGGUGGCGAUACAAUGCAUAUGGCUCGCCUUUUCGACUCAUCCCGGCAGCGGUACUCGCUGCAAGAGCUCUGCUACACAUAUCUUGAUCGUGGUCUUGUCAAAACGAACAUGAAAGAGCGCUUUGGUAAUUUGGAGAAGUUGAAGAACGGUGACAUGGGAAAACGCAUCGUCAUCCCGGAGACAAUCGAUUUGCAGAGAAGUGUAGAGCACGGCGACGAGUGGAUAGAGUAUGCCGCCGCCGAUGCUGAACUCACCCAUCGUCUAUGCUAUACCUUGAAGGCAAAAUUGGAGGAAAUGGGCAUCAACGGCAACAACAGCUCCCCAGAAAUGACAAGUCGAUUCUCAAACCUGUACGAGCUUUAUCAAGAUCUCUUAUUGCCGUUCGGUGAGGUCCUCACGGACAUUGAGCGCACUGGAUUCAGAGUUGACGUCGACUGGUUGAAAAGGGCUGAGGUGAAGGCGGAUGCCGAUCGGGUUGCAUUGGAGGAUCAGUUCAGGUUAUGGGCUGAGAAGCACUCUCCGGACGCAAGAUACAUGAACAUUAAUUCUGGUCUGCAAAAGCAGCAACUGUUUUUUGCCCCGUGCGUGAAUCGCAAGGAUAAGCGGAAGAAAAUGCCGGCUGAAAAGUCAUUCGACUUGGAACCUGCGGAAUUUUUGCCCGAGAAGUACGUGAAUGAGAUUAGAGAGCAGCGCGACAGCAUGCCUUCGCAGGGGGAUCAACUAACAAAAAAACUGAAGAAGACUGUCGUGCUGAAAGGGUUGGAAAAGCCAUUUGCGGCGGAGACAGCAGGCGGAUGGCCAAGCGUUUCAGCAUCAGCGAUGGAGAAACUCGCCGGAUCACCGAGAGCAACUCCUCCCAUAUACGGCGAUCCAGAUGAUCCGGAUAUGUGCUUGGCUGUGGACGAUAUGAUCUCUUCAACCCGUAUAUCUACAUUGAUAUCUUCUUUCAUUGUGCCUCUCCAAAAUUGGCCUGGUGCGGAUGGUCGCAUACAUGCGUCUUUAAACCUGAACACCGAAACAGGUCGGCUCUCUUCGAGACGCCCCAACCUCCAAAACCAACCUGCUUUGGAGAAAGAUCGCUAUAGAGUGCGCAAGGCUUUUGUCCCUGAGAAGGGAAACAGUUUGAUCGUAGCGGAUUACGGUCAGCUCGAGCUGAGACUUCUUGCGCACAUUACGAAUUGCCAGUCUAUGAUCGAUGCUUUCAAGGCAGGUGGUGACUUUCAUUCGCGCACUGCGUUGACAAUGUUCGAUGAGAUUGCGAAGUCUGUCGAACGGGGAGAAUGUCUUUUAGAACGUGAUGAAAAGGACGCUGAUGCGAAUGCACUUCCACUAGUGAAAGAAAAAUUCUCUUCCGAGAGGAGAAAAGCGAAGACUCUCAACUUUUCAAUAGCAUACGGGAAGACGGUGAAAGGCUUGGCCCGCGAUUGGAAUGUCAGUACUAAGGAAGCGAGAGACACGCUUGAUCUUUGGUAUAAGGAAAGACAAGAGGUUUUGCAGUGGCAAUAUGACUGCAAGUCAUUCGUGAGAGAAAAUAAGUACGUUGAGACAAUAUUGGGAAGAAGACGGCACCUUCCAGAUGUCGACAACCACAUCUUCAGCAAGAGAAAUCAUGCCGAAAGAGCAGCAAUUAAUGCCCCUCUGCAGGGCUCUGCCGCAGAUCUGGUGAUGGCUGCGAUGGUCAAGCUGCAUAAGAACCGCGUUUUGCGGGGACUCGGCUGGAAAAUUAUUUUGCAGGUCCACGAUGAGAUUAUCUUGGAGGGACCUGAUGAAUCCGCAGAUGUCGCUUUGCCCAUCAUCGUGAAGGAGAUGAAAACCCCCGUUGGUGCUCCUUUACGUGUGGAUCUAACGGUGGACGCGAAGUGCGCUAAGUCAUGGUUCGAGGCGAAGUGA